AUGUCUCAAAUGCUCCAACAUUCGUCUUUGAGCGCCCUAAUCCGAGUAUGUGUCCAGCGAAGAUACUCACCUUCACCCUGGCACGAUCCUGAAAAAAUCCCCAACCUGCCUUCAGAAAGACAGGCUGUUAAAGGAGAGGAAGGGCCUGUCACAGUUGUCGGAUGGGAUGGCCCCAACGACAUCGAGAACCCACAAAACUUCUCUCCUAUCAAGAAGGUUUUCAUAACAGCCUUCAUCUGUGUCUUCACCUGGUCAAUCUACGUCGGCUCGGCCAUAUACACCCCCAGUCAGCCUGGCAUCGAGGAAGCAUUUGCCGUCAACCACCUCGACUCUACGCUCGGGCUGGCUCUGUACGUGCUAGCAUAUGGGCUGGGGGGUCUCGUCUUCUCGCCGCUCUCAGAAGUCCCGUUGAUAGGACGCAACCCUCCGUACGCCAUAUCGGGCUUGCUGUUUGUGAUCCUUUGCAUCCCAACGUCACUGGUCGACAAUUAUGCUGGUCUCAUGGUCCUCCGCUUUCUGUUGGGCUUCAUGGGCUCGCCUUGUCUGGCCACCGCAGGCGCAACGCUGGGCGAUAUUUGGGCACCAGAGCACUUCCCCUACGCCAUCGGACUCUGGGCUGCGACGACCUCUUGCGGCCCCGCCCUGGGACCGCUCUUGUCGUCCUUCGCCGUCGACGCUCUAGGCUGGAGGUUUUCCAGCUGGGAGCUCCUCAUCAUCUCCGGUUCGGUGUACGCGGUCUUCAUGGUCUUUCUCCCUGAGACGGCCGCCCCGACCAUCCUCUACUACCGCGCCAAGCGACUGAGAGAGCUUACGGGUGACUUGGGCUUCAAGUCACAGCAAGAAACUGACCAGGCACACCUCACCGUUGGUGGGCGGUUGCGAAACUCACUUAUCAAGCCGUGGGAGGUCAAUAUCAAGGAUUGGGCACUGUUGUUCAUGACUCUCUACAUGGGCUUGAUUUAUGCCAUCUUAUACUCCUUCUUUGAGUCCCUUCCACUCGUGUAUCCGGUCAUGUAUGGCUUCUCGCCGACAUCGACGUCACUCAUUUGGCUUGUAACAGCCCCUGCUGUCACAAUCGGCUUCUUCUUCCACUGCGUCUGGCUUUCAAAACGCGUCCAAUCCAAGAUUCAACGUGGCACAUUCGGCGAAUUGGAAGGAUUCCUCGAGAUGGGCGUUGUUGGCGGUAUUCUGAUGCCCUUGUCGCUUUUCAUGUUUGCAUGGACGGCUCGCCCUUCCAUCCACUGGAUGGUUCCCACGACGUCGAUUUUCUUGUACAUGUUAUCCCAGUACUUCAUCACCAAUUCCGUCUUCCUGUAUAUACCCAACAUCUACCCACGGUACGCAGCCAGCAUCUUCGCCGCCAACAGCGUUUCCCGAUCGGCGCUGGCGUUUGCCGCUGUGCUGGUGGGCCGGCCACUGUUCGAGGGCCUCGGAGUCAAUGGAGGAGUCAGUCUUCUGGCAGGCUUGACCGUCAUAUGUGCAGGACUGAUCACUGGCUUGUACUGGAGCUGGGGGAAGAAGCUGAGGGCGAGAAGUAGAUUCGCUACGUCUUAG